CCCGACGGGCGGAGGCCGAUCGUCCAGGCGCCCUCCAGUGCUGUAGCGUAGCAGCGGCCGCGCCGGGAGCCAGCAUGGCAGCGGGGUUCAGGCGGAGCUGCGGGGUCCUGAGACGUAUUUCUUGUUUUGGCUGGAGAUCACAACAUACAAAAGCUACCCCACAGGGUCAGCCAGGAUUGGGAUUUAGUUUUGAGUUCACUGAACAGCAGAAAGAAUUUCAAGCUACUGCUCGUAAAUUUGCCAGAGAGGAAAUAAUACCGGUUGCUGCAGAAUAUGAUAAAACUGGUGAAUACCCUGUCCCCCUAAUUAAAAGAGCUUGGGAACUUGGUUUAAUGAAUACGCACAUUCCAGAGAGUUGUGGAGGUCUUGGACUUGGAACUUUGGAUGGUUGUUUAAUUGCUGAAGAAUUGGCUUAUGGAUGUACCGGGGUUCAGACUGCUAUUGAAACAAAUUCUUUGGGGCAAAUGCCUGUUAUUAUUGCUGGAAAUGAUCAACAACAAAAGAAGUACUUGGGGAGAUUGAUUGAAGAGCCAUUGAUGUGUGCCUAUUGUGUAACAGAACCUGGAGCAGGCUCUGAUGUAGCUGGUAUAAAGACCAAAGCAGAAAAGAAAGGAGAUGAGUAUAUUAUUAAUGGUCAGAAGAUGUGGAUAACCAAUGGAGGAAAAGCUAACUGGUAUUUUUUAUUGGCACGUUCUGAUCCAGAUCCUAAGGCUUCUGCUGGUAAAGCCUUUACUGGAUUUAUUGUGGAAGCAGAUACCCCAGGAGUGCAGAUUGGAAGAAAGGAAUUAAACAUGGGCCAGCGAUGUUCUGAUACUAGAGGAAUUGUCUUUGAAGAUGUGAAAGUGCCUAAAGAAAAUGUUUUAAUUGGUGAGGGAGCUGGUUUCAAAAUUGCAAUGGGAGCUUUUGAUAAAACCAGACCUUUAGUAGCGGCCGGUGCUGUUGGCUUAGCACAGAGAGCUUUGGAUGAAGCUACCAAGUAUGCCCUGGAAAGGAAAACUUUUGGAAAGCCACUUGUAGAGCACCAAUGGAUAUCAUUUUUGCUGGCUGAAAUGGCAAUGAAAGUUGAGCUAGCUAGAUUGAGUUACCAGAGAGCAGCCUGGGAGGUUGACUCUGGUCGGCGCAAUACCUAUUAUGCUUCUAUUGCAAAGGCGUUUGCUGGAGAUAUUGCAAAUCAGAUAGCUACUGAUGCUGUGCAGAUUUUUGGAGGCAAUGGAUUUAAUACAGAAUAUCCAGUAGAAAAACUAAUGAGGGAUGCCAAGAUCUAUCAGAUUUAUGAAGGUACUUCACAAAUUCAAAGGCUUAUUAUAGCCCGUGAACACAUCGGCAAGUAUAAAAGUUAAAGAGAUUGCUAUAGAACCAUGAUUCAUCAUUGAGUAACUAGAACAUGAUCCACUGUGUAAGCUCCAGAAAAGAGAAAGGGCUUUAACAUUUUUCCAGUGAAAAUAAAAAUAAAAAUGAGUACUCUUAUACUAAAUCUAAGUAACUGAUUCUAAUAGUAGUUUAUACUUUAACUCUAUAUGAUUUCCCUUUUCUGAAAUAGAUUUGGUUUUAUUAAAGUUAUUUGUUGUCCUUAGUACCACUGUAUUAUGAAUUACAUUAAGCUAGAAAAAUACAUUUGUUUUGUAUUUUAAUCCCUUUAAAGUAGCAGAAAUUCCUUGGAAUUCCAUUAUUUUUCCAGUGACAGAAAAGUAGGCUUAUAAAGUAUUCAGAAGUUCCAAAUUUACAUUGAGAAAAUAUUGUAGGAUUUGGACACCAUCAAACAACUUAUCAGUGACUGUGUAGACUCAAUGGUAUUCUUUUAUUAGAGUUCAUUUUACUGCAACUUGGAAAGCAUCUUCUUUCAGUUUUGUACAGGAACAGUCAAAAUUUUGAUAUUCAUAUUCACCUAUUAUACAAGUACAAGAAGCUUCUUGAAAAUCUUAUUUAAUUCUGAGCCCACAGUUCACUUGCCUUAUUUAAAAUAAAUCAAUAAAUUUGCCUUAAAUUA